AUGGAAAAGUCCGCGAAACCAGAAGAAACUGGUUCUGAAUUACAACGUGUAUUUAUAUUAUAUCUUCAAAUUGAGAGAUAUUCCGGCAGAAGUAUUACUGCUGAGGAUUAUCCUAUAAUCAUUUACGUUCCUUCAAAAGCUUCAAUUUCAUUCAAUUUGCGUUUAAAACAGAAGAAAGCAUUGGAAAUCAUGCAAAUACAUUUUAUGAUGGAAGAAAUGGGACCGACUGUCUUGUUAAACGAACAACAAACGGCACGAUAUGAAGAAUUACGACAAAGUAAAAAUUCAUUAAUUACAGAGCUCUAUCAAUCAAUGAAAAACGUCCAUGAUGUUUAA